UUCGGGAACUGAAGAGCUGACGGGCCACCCGGUUGACCGACCAUGACAUCUGCCACGCUCUUCCUAAGCGUCGAGCUAAAACUUCUGCAGGGUUAAACUGUUAAAGCUAGUCAAAACUUUGCCAAAAAGAGUAGAAAUUAAACAAAUGUUGUUACUUCGCCUCAUCCUCCUCUGGAAGUCUCAGACACACCACCUGCACCUGGGAAUCUCUAUCCUCCACUUCCUGUUUAUCACGUGGGUAGGCUUUAAUUUCCUGUCGUUAUGAGUUAGUUCACAUUAAAAAAAGUAGGCUAUGCAAGUGUGUGUGAGUGUGUUAUGUUAUGGGCAUUGGGCCUUGCAUGGUGUCUCAUGUAUUUUUUAUUUGUGUGGGUGAGGUUUGUGCUGGUUUUGUGCUACAUGCACAUGAUGCAUGUUGGACAUGUGGUUGUGCUCAUGCAGUGAGUUUUGUGUGAACCCUUAUAUUAUAUAUAGGUGUGAACCUAUACAGUCCACAACCUCUUUGCACUUAGGCCUUAAUUAGCCUACAGGCAUUACAGAUAUUUUUUGUUAUUGUUUUAUUUAUUAAUAGAAACUUCCCUUUUCAGGGCGAUGACGCUGUAGUUUGCACGGCACCUACUUUCAGAGUACAAAAACAUAACAUAUCCAAUUUGGUUUUAAUGAAAAUCUCAUUGAAUUCAUGAAUAGAAGUAAGGAAUCACAUCAAAUUAAAGAUGCAGACGAUGUGGAUGCUGUGGUGGAAAAGUCAUUAUUUUUGGAAAGAAGAAAAAGCUGCUUUAAAGUGGUGAGGUUUUGGACUUGUUACUCCCAUUAGAGAUUAAACAGCAGCCUGGAUUAAAUGUGAACAAACUGAUAUGCAAACAGUUGAGAGUAUUUGGAUUUUACCUGCUUUGACCUCCUGUUUUUCCAGGUACAAAUACGAUGCACAAAGCCCAUUUCUUUUAGCCAUUGAUCACCAUUGAUCAUCGCAUGAGGACCCAUGUUUAUCGAGCCAACAUCCACAGUGAGCAUGAAGGUGAAACGAUGAAAAACAACUAACCAGCUGUUUGAGAGCCGUUGAGUAUGAUGGAAGACCUAAUGCUCCAGGCCUGUGUCCCCUUCAGAGAUGCUGGAAACCUUGUUAAUAUACACUAACAAAGUCCCCAUGUAAUUGGAUGCACACUGUACACAUUAUUAUACAUUUUUUCAAACCAAACACAUUUUUAAUCAGAUUUGGUGGACCGAAAAACGAGUCAUCUUUCAACAGGCUAUUGAUCUAAAACAUAUCAAGUCGACACGGAAACGGUUCACUGAACACAAAUUCAACCUUCACCAAUGAUCAUCUCAACCCAGAAACCCGAAUCCUAGAAAACGUGAGAUGAAGAGAACAUGAGAUGGGACUCACUUAGGGAAACACUACACUAUUCAUUCUGUAUUCCUUACAUCAACGCUGCUUUUUUAACAUGCUUUAUUUUUUGAGGUAAUAAAUCUUGGUAAAAACAGGUUUAAAUUUAGUCUUGAUUUUUAAACUAAAUACAUACCAAAUCUACAUUUAAAGAAUCUAGACAUUAUUUUAAUUGUUAAAAUUGCUCAACAGAUUACUGAAGGUCCCAGUAAUAAUUAUCUAAGAACAGAAUAUGCUUGUUCCAAAUGUUUGUACGACCUUAUAUGCCUUGUUGAUCCUUUGUGACACAAAAUCCCCUCUAGUAAAAGACUUUAUCUGAUGAUGCCAGAAUGCAAAAUAUUUUCAGUGACAGGAUGCACAACCUCUACCCACAUCAAACUGUAGGGGAAGUGUUGUUUGCUGCGAUGCACCACAGUGGAGCGGUUUAUAUAUAACAGCAUGUGAAAGAGUUGCAGUCAAAGCAAGCGCUGGUCCACAAUGGCGCUACUGGCUUACGCUGUGCUGUUGGUCUGCCUUUCUGCUUAUUCAGGUAGGUUCAGCUUUUAUGUUCAAGUGCGUUUUAGCAGCUCUCAGUGUUUUGAACAGCUAUUAUAUUUCUGACCACCUAAUGUGCCAAAUUUUCUGUUUCAUGGUAGAGAGCGCUGUCAUUUCCCAAGAGCCUGGUGGAAACAUCAGUUUGACAUGCUCCUCCGAUGAAUGUCCAGAAAAAAUCAACGGAUACAAUUAUCUGUAUCUGUACCGUGAGAAGGACGAGGUUCUGUUCUUUCCUUUCACAUCUCAGAGUGUGGCUGUGCCAAGAGGAAAGUACGAACACAGGAUCCAGACACACAGAUCUACCAUGACCUUUACUAUCAGCAACCUGACCGUGAAUGACCAGGGUGUCUACACAUGUGUCUACAAAAAAUCAGAUAAAGUCUUUGUCAUUUGCAGCAUCUACGGAGUUUUCAUAACAGAAACAAAGUCAUCUCCCACGAUGCCUCCCACCAAAUGUCCCACCUUUGUUGACACAAGGACAACCUUGAUGCUGUUUAUAAUUUUAAUCUGCGUCAUCAGUGCGCUGGCCAUGUGGAUCUUCUUCUUGCUGAUCAUUCCAAGGGUGAAGCAGUGGUGCAUCAGGAGAAGAGCGGAAGGCGACCAGAAAGUCUCCACCGAUAAUGUGUAUGAAAUCAUGAGCAGGAACGGAUGAAGCCAAACUGCUUAGAAAAAAUCCCACACAGGGAUGAACUUGAUGAACAUUUUUUUCUGUAUUUCCUUCAGUUCGCAUCUGUUAAUACUCAAAAGAAAUUUUAAAUGUUUGUUUUAUUUUGGUUUCAAAGCGUCAAAUCUAUGUGAUCUACAGUGCAAGUAAGAGAGAACAAGAGUCAGACACAAUAACGAGACCAGAUGCUGUCGUGUCCCACAUAUUGAUGCAGCAGAUCUAGCUGCUAGAUAUAACAGUGGACUGCAAGUCUGUUGUUAAAAUGUCAGACAUGUAGAAAAUGGUUAUUGUCAUGUAGCUGUUUUUGGUUUUAAACCAAAAAUUUUGUUAGAAAAUCAGUACAAGUAAAUGACUAAAUAAGAUUUUUCUCAGAAUCUGUGGUAUUUAAAGGUCCACUCUGGGUUUGGUGAUGAGUUUAUCAGAUGUGAACAGAAGGAAACCACAAGCGUCGCUAAACCGCUGUCAUCUUAAAAGGAUGCUUUUCUCACCAGAAGAGACCAUUUGGCUGCACUGAACCAUGCAAUGGAGCAACUGCACUCUGUGUAUGCAACACACAGCUUUUUAUUUCUGUUUUCUAACAUUUAAUUUUUAUGAAACAAAAUGUUUUCUUUUUGCUCAUUUGUAAAUGUUUUGCCUUAGAGGCUACAAUACAUUGUAUGAUUGCUUUGACUACUUACUGUUAUUAGGUGUGUUGGAAUUCCUGGAGGACUGAAAUCCAAUAACCUAAGAAAAAUAAACAUUUUAUUACAAGAG